AUGGGAAAUGCUACAAAAGGCUCUGGACUGGCCCGGUCCAGAUCAAGAAAUCACUCCGCUGGAUCAGUCCACUCAACAUUCUCUAUUGUGGGACUCAAGGAGAGUUACAAAGUGGGAGAAAAGAUCUCCGUUACCAUCACAGCCAGAGACCACAACAAGAACCUGAAAAGAUAUGAUUUCUUCAAAGCAAAACUAUUCAAUUCAAAGCUCAAGACUGUCACUAUGGAGAAUGAGAUGCAGCAAUUGCAAGACUUAGUGGCCCAACUUAAGGCUGAUAACGAACGCCUGCGUCAAGAACGAUUCGAGGUUCAGGCAAGUCCUGGUGUUGUACCCGCUAAGUCUAAUGAUAGAGGGGUAGACGUGGGCCCAAGGUCUCCCUCCAAUGAACAUGAUGGUGAUUUGGGUUGUACCACUUUGAUCAUGCAUGAUAUACCCUUGAGUGAUGAGGUUCCCGUUUGGCAGCAUUAUAUACACAUUCCUCCCUCAGAAUAUGAGGCAAUCAAGGCUCAUAUUAAUCAGUUGCUGGAAACCCAAAUUAUAAGAGAAAGUAGCAGCCCCUAUGCUACUCCCAUUGUCCUGGUAAAGAAAAAGGAUGGCGCCAGGUGGUUCACUACAAUGGACCUCCCUAGUAGCUACAAUCAGGUCCCAGUGGCUGAGAAGGACAAGAUGAAAACUGCCUUCUUGUCUGAGCACUUGCAACGACUGGAGGUGGUCCUGAAACGUUUACAACAAAAAGGCUUAAAGGCCAAACUGGAAAAGUGUUUGUUCUUCCGGCCCGAGGUCUCAGAACUACGCUCAUUUCUGGGCUUUACAAGUUAUUACAGGAGGUUUGUAGAAGGUUUUGCCAAGCUGGCUGCCCCACUUCAUCGCCUUGUAGCUGACCUGACUGGGGCCAAGAGGAAGAAUACAGCCAUGUCUUGCAAGGAGGCUUGGACAGAGGAGUGUCAGCAGAGUUUAGAUACCCUGAAGCAGCAGUUGAACAGAGGUGGGCUGCUCAACUUGCCGCUUUUGAUUUCAGCAUCAAGUAUUGUUCGGGAUGCAGUAAUCGGAAUGCUGAUGCACUUUCACGACAACACCCUGCUGGGCCUGUACUGGAAGGCGGUGCCAACUCGUGACCAGAGAGCAUCUACGGUGGCAAAGGUGUUGGUUAAUGAGUGGUUCAUUCCUAGUCGCAUCCACUCAGACCAGGGAAGGAACUUCGUAAAGCAAGAAAUUUCCCCUCCGGUUAUAGUACCAAUUGUUGUUCAAUCACCUCCGCCUCCUUCUACUCAUGCUCCGUCCCUGCCUCGAGGCCCUGAGGGUAUCUCCAUGUCAUCUAGUAGUGUCCCUGAUCUUGAGCCUCCUCUAGUCCAUGAUUCCUCGCCUAGUGAUCCUUCAGUGGCAUCAGAGGGCAUACUUCCUACUGCUCUAUGGGGAUUGAAUGGUGGGAUCCAAAUAAGACUGUUUCAGCCACCCAGACCUAAACCAGUUCCUCGAAAUAAUAAUUAUUCAUCCACAAUAUCUGCUCUUGACAUGGGAAUCAGUGAAGAGGAGUGGGAAAGGCUACAGAAGGCUCUGGACUGGCCCGGUCCAGAUCAAGAAAUCACUCAGCUGAAUCAGAGCACAAGUCCAGUCCACUCAACAUUCUCUAUUGUGGGACUCAAGGAGAGUUACAAAGUGGGAGAAAAGAUCUCCGUUACCAUCACAGCCAGAGACCACAACAAGAACCUGAAAAGAUAUGGAGGAGAUUUCUUCAAAGCAAAACUAUUCAAUUCAAAGCUCAAGGCGAGUGUGUACGGGGAGGUUGAGGAUCACCGUAAUGGGACUUACUCUGUUGCUCUUCUUCUGCCCUGGGAAGGUCAGGCACAAGUUUAUGUACGUCUAGAGCACUCCAGUGAGGCUGUGCAGAUUCUAAAUAAAUACAGGGAGUCCUCAUUCCCACGCAGCCACUAUAACGGCCACUUUGAAGGGCCAGGACCCAAUAAAACCAGGAUCAGUGAAGUAGUACAGUGUAAUCUUAAGUGGGGUGCAGAUGGAAGUUGGAGGAAAGGCGACUGCUGCUGUGAGUAUAAGGAUAUAAAAACAGGGACGGUGUGGCAGUGUGAGAGACCGAAGAAACUUUCUUGUGACAACCUGGUUCAUCACUCAAGAGGAGGUUUGGAAGACCCAUUAAAUCCUUUUGAGAAGCAACUUCUUACAAAGGAAUUAACAACCGUGGCUAUUACUGGAGACAAAAUAAUAAUAAAUGUCCUUCCCAACACUGCAGGCAUUGGCACAAUGGAGAGAUGCAGAUCUGGCAUGACGACACUAGUUCCUGCAGGGUUCUAUCUGAAAGAUGUCUGGAAGUCUUUUGUGUGCAACACCCAACAGUUCAAUUCUUCACAAAUGGGAAAGUGUCUUAAAAACAAGAUCAUCUACUUGUUUGGAGACUCUACCACGAGGCAGUGGUUUGAGUUUUUAGAAAGAAAAGUGCCAGACAUAAAAAGAAUGGACCUCCACACUCCUCGUUCCAGUGGACCCCUGAUGGCUGUAGAGAUGAAAAAUAAUAUCAUUGUUCACUGGAGGCCACACGGUGUCCCUUUGCGAUUUCCUAUAAUGCUCAUUACUGACCUGCAUUAUAUCAGCAAUGAUAUUGAUGAAAUAGCUGGUGGUCCUCAUGCAGUCGUUGUCUUUACAAUCUUUGCCCACAUGGCCUAUCACCCAAUAACAUUUUAUGUGCACGAAGUGGCCAAAAUCCGUCAGUCUGUUGUUGCACUGCUGAGUCGUGCACCAGAGACUACCGUCAUCAUCAAGUCUGGAAACACUGCAGGACUAAAGAAUAUUUUUCAAAGUGAUUGGUAUACAGUGCAGAUGAACACAGUGAUGCAGGAGAUGUUCAGAGAUAUUGAUGGAGUAAUCUACUUCGAUGUCUGGCAGAUGACUUCCUGUCACUAUCUACGUGAAGAUGUUCACCCAGGCGCUGUUAUCAUUGCUAAUGAAAUUGACAUGUUUCUCUCAUAUGUCUGUCCUUCCUAAUACAUUCAGACUCAACCACAUAGAAUAAUAUGUGACCCUGGAUCACAAAACCAGUCAUAAGUUGCACGGGUAUAUCUGUAGCAAUAGCCAACAAUAUAUUGUAUUGGGUCAAAAUUAUAGAUUUUUCAUUUACAUAAUUUUAACUACAUUUUCAGUUACAUCAUUGAACAGCACAUUGGUCAGCUGUAGUUGUUUUUAAUUGUGCUUUAUAAAUAAAUUAAGACAUUUAUGCCAAAAAAAUCAUCCAAAUG